UGGGGGGGUGGGUUGCUCCCUAGAAUGCCCAUAGUGAAGAGCCUACUGACGGGCAUUAAUAGGCGGCUUAGGGGUUCCACUAAGUGACAGGGAUUUCAGUGGGUGAUUCUUUUUGUCACUGUUUUCCACUGGCUGUCACUGUUCGCUGGAGGCUGUCGACGUGGUGGAUCCUAAGGGAAAAAAGGAAGACUGAAACUCUUUGAGUAAUAAAUUAACAUAAGUGACAUACAUGUUUGUUGACAUAGGAUUUGAUGACUUCCAUGCUUGUGCUGAUCCUGGAGUCCCUGAACAUGGAUACAAGACACCCAGCACAGGUGUUUUCUUUGAAAGUGCUGUAGUCCGUCUUCACUGUCAAGAAGGAUACAGGCUCAAGGGUCCUUCAAAAAAAAUCUGUGUGAGACAUUUUAAUGGCUCCUUGAGCUGGAAACCGAGUGACAAAGCUGUGUGCCUGCAAGAAGUCACAGAUUGCCUUGUUCCACAUGUUGAAGAUGCAGAGGUUCAUAACAAGACAUAUAGGACUGGAGAUAAGUUAAUAGUCAACUGUCAUGAAGGUUUCCAGAUCCGUUACCCUGACUUAGACAACAUGGUUUCAAUAUGUCAAGAUGAUGGAAUGUGGGAUAAUCUUCCUGUUUGUCAAGGUUGCCUGAGGCCAUUGGUUCUUCCUCAUAGUUACAUUAACAUAUCUGAGUUCGAGUCUUCCUUUCCAAUAGGAACAGUGGUAUAUUAUCAGUGCUUUCCUGGAUAUAAACUGAAGGGGACAGAAUUCCUUGAGUGCAUGUAUAACCUUAUAUGGUCACAUAGCUCACCUAGGUGCCUUGAUGUGGAAGUUUGUCCACUACCUCCAAUGGUGAUUCAUGGAGAUUAUAUUUGCCAUCCGCGGCCUUGUGAGCGUUAUAACCAUGGAACUGUGGUUGAAUUCUAUUGUGAUCCUGGUUACACUCUUACCAAUGACUACAAAUACAUCACUUGCCAAAAAGGAGAGUGGUUCCCUUCAGAUCAAGUAUACUGUGUCAAAACAGAGCAAACCUGGCCAAAUACACAGGAAACCCUCCUGACGACUUGGAAAAUUGUGGCAUUUACUGCUACCAGUGUUCUACUGGUACUUCUGUUGGUUAUUCUAGCCAGGAUGUUCCAGACCAAAUUUAAGACGCAUUUCCUUCCAAGAGCCGUCCAAGAGAGUUCCACCAGUGACCCCGACUUCGUGGUAGUGGAUGGUGUUCCUGUCAUGCUGCCUUCCUAUGAUGAAGCUGUGAGCAGUGGUUUGAAUGCCUUGGCGCCAGGAUACUCAUCUCCUGCAGGCCUGGGGCAUGUUUUGCAGAUAGAAGAUCAGAACCCUCCAGCUUAUCCCGGCCCAGGAGAUACAGACACAUUACCUGCUGAAUUUGAGAGUUGUGAGAGUAUAUCAGGCUCUUCUGAACUUCUCCAAAGUUUAUAUUCAUCUUCUGUGUGCCAAAUGGGCGUGCAUCCUGUUUCAGAUAGAACUGAGGUGAUCAAUAGCACCACUGGGGAGGCUGCAUCUACUAGCCCAAGUAUCGAUAUUGCAGAUGAAAUUCCAUUGAUGGAAGAAGACCCUUAACCAGCACAAAAAUUGUUCAUUAUGUAAUCACACUGGGUGAAAUGAAACAUGCACAUACAUAUAUAUACAAUAGAGAGAUAAAAAACUGUUUAAAGAUUGGAGGGAGGGUAUUUUUCCUAUUUUUGAUCUUCCAUGUGAUGAUGUCACCAGAUUGUGUGCACAUCAUAAUCAACCGUGUGGUUAACAGCAUCAGCAAUUGAAUAGCAGGUUUGUGAAAUGAAUCCUGGGGAUUUGAUGAGGCCACUUAUAGAAAAAGAACUGUGAAUUCUUAGAACUGAAAUUAACAUAUCUCUGCAUCGCAGGAAGUCGUAUGAUUCUGUAGAAAUGCUCUUGAAUUUUGAUACAAGUACUAACUGCCUCUUGAAAGCAUGUCCAAUUGUGUAGAUUUGCUUAUAAAGGCUGCUUUAUAUUAUCUAUGGACCCUGAUUUACAAAGGAUUAUUAUAAUUUUUUAAUCAGUGUUGAAACCUGAAAACAGAAAACGGUUUCCUUUGAAUUCCUAUAUUAUCUAAGUUAUCAAGUGGAAGCUAUUGUUUUGUUUCUUGCUAACAUAGUUUCAGACCUUGUCUGCAGAAAGCAUAACAGAAGAGAGGAGAGGGACUCAUAAAUUUUGACAUAACAAAUAUAUAGUUAUGUACUCUUUGAAGGAAAAUGUAAAAGAAAUGGAAAACCUGAUCUGAAGAUUUUUUUAAAGUAAAGUAGGAUUUAUAUAAAAUAUAAUAUUCAAGGUAAAAUAUCAAUAUUUAUAUAUAUGUGAAGCACCUGUACAUUACAUUUGAUAAGCCCUGUUAUUUUGUAAAUGAACCUAGAAAGUAACAAGGUCAUGAUGAGGGAGGUGUUGAAGUACUCCCCUGUUUCCCCAUUUCUUACACCAUCUCAUACAAAUAUACAUAAAUUAUUUUAUGGCCAUAACCCAAAGCUCUACAGUGUCUCUACUGUAUGUGGAAGUUCUCUGGUCAUUACUGUAGAAUAUCAUAGUAUUUUUUUAAAUGAGGACCCUUUAUUUCAGUCCUUUUCUGAAUCACCAGCUUGUCUCCAGUUGACCUUCAUAGAGCUUGUUUAUUACUAACAAAGUGCUCUGCUACCAUGUUAGCUUCUUUGUGGGACAUAGCCAGAUCUUAAUGCACUCAUCAUGGAAUCAAAUAACACCACUCUGUCUGCUUUCAAGAAAAUGCACAGUGCUCAGAGUGCUGUUGAAACUGGAUUUUCUCCUUUGCAAGAAGAGAACAACUGGUAUCCUGGUCCCCUUGUGGCUCCAUUUCUCUUCUUUUACUCAUGUGGAGCUGGGGCACAAUCUAGUCACUGGAAACAAAUCUUGUAUCUAUGUUAUCUUCCUGGAGGGGUAUGUCAGACAUUCUUUGUAAGGAAUAUCCCCUCCCCCCCACUUCAGUAUGACUGUUCAUUUGCCAAGCAAGUUUUCCAUCUCGUUUCUUGUAUUGCGUAAUUGAAAUAAGAACCAUCAUGUUAAGUUUACAGUGGCUUAAACAAUAACUCACUGUUAUGCUGAUGGAGACAGACUGUCAUCUGUGUGGGCUAGUUGAAAGCAAUAUACUGAUAUAUUCUGGUUUCAGCUGCAGUAGAACAAACCAGGAGUAUUUCUGUUGUUAUCAGUAGAGUCACUCCAGAUUACCUUGUUGUUUUCAUGUAAUUAUUUUUUAAUUUUUAAUUUUUAUUUGUGCUUUGAGAGCAUUUAGAGGCCUCUGACAUCAGCCAGCGCCUUAUUGCGCUAGGCACUGUGCACCCAUAAAAGGAGGACAUGGUCCCUGCUCUGAAGAGCUUACUGUCUAACUAUAGAUUGGAUCUCCCUGAUCUAGCAACCUCGGACCUGAUCAGUCCCAAAUGAAGGAUUUUGCCAGACCAGGGAAAGUCAUUUCUGGACUCCCUGCUACUCAGCUGGGCCACUCAGCUGGGCCACUCAGCUGGCUCCUCCCUCCCCCAUCUCCAGUCCUGCCAGCCCCACUGAGCUUUAAGGCCCUGCUGGGCAGCCCAGCUGAGAUGCAUUGGGCUUCCUGCCUCUGCCACGCAGCAUUGCUGGAGCAUGCCAGGCUUCCAUGAGGUUUAACUGUUAAUUCGAAGUAAGGGGUUUAUUUCGGAAUCGCCCUUCUCUGCCGCGUGUAGAUGCGGGCAGUUCUUCAAGGCUAGUCAAUUUCCAAAAUGGUGACCGCCCGGGAACAUGCUAAUAAAGCGCGGGAUAUUUAAACCCCACGCUUCAUUUGCAAUUUCGGUCGCCCUCAUUAGCCUCCCUAGUUCGAACUAGGAGGCUAGUGAAGACAUACCCUAUGAGAUUUUCCCUCCUCUCCCACCCAGGCCAUGAGGAUAUUUCCCCAAUAUUCUGCUGUGUUUAUAUUUCUAAUUCCUGUUUCAAUGUGCUACCCUAGCAUAUAAGCUAUGUGGGUUAUAUGUUACCAACCAAGGAAAACCCUCUGGAACACAAGGUGAGUUCAAUGAUUUAGUUUUAUAGUAUUGUUGCAAAAAAUUUCAAAAUAUUAAACGUAUUACAAUUAUCCUAUAAAAUAUAGUGAAAUCUGUACUUGCUGCUUUUUACUGUCCCCUGUGUUAACAGUUUUCAGAUCUCAUUCCUUGUGAAAUUCCUUCCUUCCUGUCUGUUAACUUCUACUGCCGUUAAUGCAGAUCUGCCUGUUUGGAAAGUUGCUUUGCUCUGUAUGUUGUACUGCCAGUAAGCCUGCUGAGGUGGCCAGAAAGGUCAAUGCAUCCAAACUUGGAACUGUGUUUUUCAAAUGAACAGUUUAGCUCAUAACAUUUCACUUUCAAAGUAUCUUUAGAGAGUUACAGUUUAUUAGACCAUUUUUCUUUGCAGAACUGAAAAUGAAUUAGAAAACAUGUACAAGUGAAAACUGCCCAUUAGACUUUUGGUAGCACUGUUGCAUUGUAUUAAAUAUGACCUGAGGAGGGGGAAUAUGGGUUUGUGCCCUCUUUAAUUCUUUAUAAUAUGCAAGAUAGCCGAAAAGGUUUUUCCAGGUGUUUUUUUGCUUGAAAUUUUUUUUUCUGAUUGUUUUCUUUGAAGUAGAAUUGUAAAGAGAGUUAAAUGCAGCAGUGUUGAGCAUGUUUGAAAAUUCCCCCACAGAAAUUCACAUCUAGCCUACUAUGUUUUUUCUCAGAAGACACUUUAGGCUCACUGGAGAACUGGUAUGAUUAUGACACUAGGCUUACAUGGCAAGUGAAACCAUAAUGGGCGGAUACGGUAUUCUUAUUGUUGUUUUAUUUGUUUUUGUUGACAUCUGUUUAACGUAAACCUGUGAGAAACCCUGGGGGAAAAAAAACCUCUCUCUGUUAAAGACUCAAGCUCCUUCAUUGAAGAGUUAAGCACUCUCAACCUAUAUUUCUGAUCUCCAAGAAAACCAAAAAAAAGCAGGCUUGACAUUCCUGAUAUUUCUAAGAUGAAAAACAAGGAGGAAUAAAUAUAUUUUGUGGAGAGAGCAAAAGGGAAUCAUUUCAGGCCUUCUUUCUAUGUUAUAAAGAAUUACAAAAAGCACAAACCUCUUCUGUUUAAUGAUGAUCUGACAUGAUGUUAUUAAAAGGUAUAAACAACCACUUGUUAUAAUGAUCAGAAAGCUGGGGUCUCUGUGAUGGUUGUUAAUAAGAGUCACUGUAUUCAUCUUUGUAAAGGCACCUAAUGUCUCUCUUAGGCUACAUCUACACUAUGAGCCUCUUGCAGAAGAGGAAAUGCAAAUGAGCGCUCCAUUUGCAUUUGUUCUUCCGCAAGAGGCUCGUGGUGUAGACGUAGCUUCAGUGAACCAGUUCCGGCUACGUAAUAUGGUUAUGGGAUGACCACAACAUAGUACUUGCUAGCACAUUGCUCUCAAGCAGCUAUUGAAGCUUCUAAUACUAAGGCUACGGCUACACUGUAGCCUUCUCCCAGAAAAGCUUAUGAAAAUUAAGCGCAACAUGCAAUAUCGCCAUGCUUCAUUUGCUUAAGCUUUUAAGGAAGAAGGCUACAGUGUAGCCAUAGCCUAAGUGAUACUGAAAACCAUGCAUCUCAAGAAAAAUAAAAAGAACAUUUAAACUGUCCUAGUCUUUGGGAGUAUUGAAGUCCCAAGAAGCUUUGGAGGAGAGACACCAUAAAUAAUAUCUGCCAUUUUGGUACUAGUGAGAGAAUAUUGCAAACACACUUUUACAAUCACCUUUAAAGAAAAAAGCAUUAAUUUUGAAGUCUAGCCAGUUUCAAAAACUAGUUAAAAGUAGUUACAGAAGCUUUAUCUUCUCUGCAGUACCUCUGCCAGCUUCCUGUUUGGGGGGAAAAAAUUGCCUAUUUUGAAAAAAAUAUUUCAUUUCUGUGUUGGUAUGUGAAAGACCCACCUGGAGAGAAGAGGAAUGCGGGAGUGGCUUGCACACACACUGCUGCCAAAUGUAAACUGAAAAAACUCAGAAACGUGUUACUCUCAUCUCCAGUAUAGUUCUCCUGAGUGGCAAUUGCUAACCAUUUGGAGACAGAAGUGUAAUUGCUUACAGCAGACAAACCUCUUUUUAAGGAUUUUGGGUUACUCAUCUCAUAUUGCACUGGACAUUGAUUACAUACGGAGAUGCCGAACUUGAACACAAAAGUAUGAAGAAGAGAUCCAACAGGUUUGGCAAGAAGCACAUAGACAGGGCUGUUCUGAGGCCUCAUAUUGAAUCAGUGAGCAACUGUAUCUUUGAUGUCAUUUCUGCCCCUGAAAACAUGUUCUCCAGCAUUACUGUGUCAGGCAAAUUUGACUAGCCAACUCUCAGACACAUCCAGAAGUGUCAUAGAUCCCUAGGCUCAAAGUAUUUAGAGGAAAUAACUGAGCUAAGCCCAGGUCCCAUAACUUCAGCCUGUAUUCAGUGUUAUUUAUAUAGUAACAUAUUCUGUGUCUUCUCUGUUGGCAUGUUCUCCGUCCUUUUGGUGUUCUCGGGUCCAGCUGUGGAAGUAGUCCACAGACCCGGGCACCACUAGGAGCCUAUGAGAGUAUUCGAGCCCCAUUGCUGCUAAUGGGAGCUUUGCCAUUGCCUUCAAUGAGCCAGACUUUGAACCUUGUAUCAAUCUGAGAUUGUGCUCAUCUGCUCUUUACUUCUAGCUUUGGCUGUUCACUAGGGCUGUGUCUACAUUGGUGCAAUCUUGCGCCAAACUUGCUGCCUCUCUACACUGGCCGUGAGUAG